UCCAGUUCACUUGUUGUAUUCGGCAGAUCUAGGUCCCCUACGAUUAUUGAUACUUUUAUUUCCGCUGAUUCGAGUGUUCUUGAGAACAGGUCGUACACCUGGACAGGUUGUUAAUAUUGCGAUGGAUCCUACUAAUCAACGUGGUUCCUAUGAUAUGGCUAGAAAGUUGUCUACGGGAUCUGACAGAUACAGCAGCAUUGAUGACGUCACGAUGACUGACAAGGCCGACAGAGUGGAGUUAACAGCCAUGGAUUAUAGUCGUACAGGUCGCUCACGUACACCGGACAGUACAGGAGCGCACUACAACUAUGCUGCCGAGGUUCCGCUACACGAUAUGAAUUCUAAUACUGACUCGAUAGCCAAGCCGGCAGUUGAACCAGAGAAAAAACAAUCUUGGCUGUCGUCGAUGCUUUCAAAGUUUAAAAAGAAAAAUUCACGCAAUGUAAAUUCACCAAUCGUUUCAGAUGUGAAUGGCAAGGCACCACUGGAGGACGAUAAACCGGACGAUGGAAGAGAAACGUGGGGAACUAAACUUGACUUUUUGCUUUCUGUGAUAGGCUUUGCCGUAGAUCUGGCCAAUGUCUGGCGUUUUCCAUAUUAUUGCUAUAAAAAUGGUGGUG